GAAGUUUGGCGCUGUUUUUAAUGUUUACAAGAUAGACGUUUUCCGUGGAUUCCUGAAGAAGGAUCUGAUUUUCACUUGUAAAAACAAGCAUAAUUGUUUUUGAUAUUUUAGCUUAAUGUUCGUAACGGACAUCCGUACCGAUUUCUACGAUGUUAUUGCAGGAAGCAGAGUAUUAUUAUUGGUCGGGUGUGACGUUGAUGCUGUUUGUGCGACUAAAAUAUUGCAGUAUUUGUUUCAGUGUGACAAUGUUCUAUAUACUUUAAUACCCGUGUACGGAAAAGCAUCUUUAAUAGAAGCUUUUGCGCAACAUAAAGGUCAAGCAAAAUGUGUUGUGAUGCUGAACUGUGGAGCUAAAAUAGAUAUCGUGGAAGUACUGGAACCGCCUGAUGACAUGGUAUUUUUUGUUGCCGACAGCCACCGACCUGUGAAUGUUUACAACGUAUAUAGCGAGUCGCAGAUUCGAUUACUUAUGAAUUUAGAAGACUGUGAAGGCAUCCCCGCUUAUAAUGACAUAUUUAGGGAUUCAGAUAGUGAAGACGAAGACGAUGCAUCGGGAGUGUCCAGUGCUGAACUGAUUAUGAAGAGACGUGAAAGACGGAUGUGGGAAGAAAAUCGAAAUAAAAUUAUGUUCGAUUAUUCCCAAAUCAGCUAUUAUGGUGAACCUUCUUCCAUAUUGAUGUUUAAUCUAGCUUGGAAAAUGUCAAUGGAUAACAAUGAUCUUCUAUGGUGGGCAAUUGUUGGCCUCACUGAACAGUUAGUUAUGAAUAAAAUUGAGCAGGACAGAUACAUUAUGUGUGCAACAGCAUUACAGAGUCAUGUAUCCCGUCACAAUCGUUUAGAGAGUGGAGCAAUGAAUACAACUAGCAGUAUGAAGAUAACAUUUGAUAAGGAACUUAAUCUAGCCUUGUACAGACAUUGGUCAUUAUACGACAGUAUCAUGCAUUCAAAAUACACAGCCUGCAAGUUUAAAUUAUGGAGCUUCAAAGGGCAAAAAAGAAUGCUUGAAUUUCUUGCUGAAAUUGGACUGCCUUUAUUUCAGUGUAAACAGAAAUUUUUCAGCAUGGAUAUGAAUUACCGUAACAAUGUCAGUGCAUGGAUGGAAGAUAUGUCAGAAAAAUACAAAUUAGAUAAAAUAGUUUAUGGUGCUUUCAUUGCUCAGUAUGGCUUUAAGGGCAAAUUCAAUGCGACAGAUGUUGUUUUAACUAUUAAUGCCUUAUUGGAAUCAAUUGAUAAAGAAAGGAGUGUAACUGACAAAUUUCAUGAUGCACUCAAUGCGAUGAGUAAGGGAGAAAUCAAUGUUAUAAAAAAAGGAAUUGAAUUGGCAAAAUUGAGGUUAAUUGCAAUAUUCCGCCAAGUGCAAGUGUUUAUUGACAUGAAGCAAAUCAUAAAACCUGGACCAUUUAUGUAUGCCAUUGUACCGAACACCACUUAUGAUAGCAAGUAUUUUAGCCACCCUGGUUGUCUGUCGAUGCUUGCCCAUUUCACACUAGAAGCGCAUGUCAAUAACAGUCACAACCGGCGUAUUGGAUCAUUACCUUUGAUAUUGUUUGCACAAGAUGAUAAUGACUCAGAUCGGUAUCUGGUCAUCGGUGUGCCACCUCUUUCAACACUUUCGCCUAAAAAUUUUUUUGCAAAGGCUUUUGAACAGGCAGCAGAACAGUGUAGAAUAAAUAUUUCACAGGAUCUUUUCUUUGAUUCGGUUGUUUAUAUUCAUAGAAAUGAUCAAGCUAAAUUUCUAGGUGCUUUGUUUUUAUUAUUGAGUUAAUGGAAAUUCUUUUGGCAUAAUUAUUUGUGUCGUGUAUAUAAAUAUUUAAUUUAUUUCUAUAAAAUUAUACUGAAUGAAGCCAACAUUAUUUCAAAUAUAUGUAUAGUGUAAUGUGACAAAUUAUUAUUUUUAUCAUCAUAUGUUUAGUAUUUAUGAAUUGAUAGUUGCUGAAAUUGGGUGGCAUAUGAGGUUUUACAUAUGUAUUAUAAGUUUAUGUCCUUCUAAUCCUUAAUAAAUCAAAACAUACUGUAAGCUUACUUUUUAAAUUGUGGAUUCUUAUAAAAAAUUUCUGAUAUUGUAAAAAUUUUUUGUAGGUCUGUUUUCUUUUCAGUUCUCAGAAA